CAUAUUCUUCACACCAAAUACAUAUCACAACUAACUAUCAACUACCUAGGGUACUAAGAAAAUCCUUGUAGUUUUCUGAUAAUAUGGCUCUUACACUUCAAAGUGCAUUCUCCCACCUACUCAUCCUUCUAGGUGUACUCUCAAUAUUCCUAGUGACCCCUACCGCUUGUUUUAAUCCCAAAAAGCUUGUUAAUGUUUCAUACUCCUCAUAUUCUGGUUCAGAUUGGUCUCCUGCAUUGGCCACUUGGUAUGGACCUUCCAAUGGUGACGGAAGUGAAGGUGGUGCUUGCGGAUAUGCUGAGGCUGUUGGGCAAGCUCCAUUCUCAUCAUUGGUAUCAGCCGGAAGCCCUCUUAUAUAUGACAAGGGCGAAGGUUGCGGUUCUUGUUAUGAGGUGAAGUGCACAGAUUAUUCUGCUUGUUCAGGCAACCCUGUGAGAGUAGUGAUCACUGAUGAGUGUGCUGGGUGUGGCUCAGAUGCUGAUUAUCAUUUUGAUUUGAGUGGAAUGGCUUUUGGUUCCAUGGCAGUUUCAGGUCAAGAUGAGGAGCUACGAAAUGCUGGAAAAAUAAACAUUCAACAUAGAAGAGUUGAAUGCAACUAUCCUGGUAGGUCCAUAGCUUUUCACGUGGACUCAGGUUCCAAUCAACAAUAUUUUGCUAUCUUGAUUGAGUAUGAGGAUGGGGAUGGUGAUCUUGCUAGUGUUGAACUCAAGGAAGCUUUAGACUCAGAUUCAUGGGAUUCCAUGCAACAAUCAUGGGGUGCAGUUUGGAAGUUUGAUAAAGGCUCACCACUGGAAGCACCAUUCUCUAUCAAGCUAACCACACUUGAGUCCGGCAAGACUAUCGUGGCAAACAAUGUGAUCCCAGCAAAUUGGACGCCUGGUCAAACAUACAGAUCAAUAGUGAACUUUGCAGUCUAGAAACCGUUUUGGAUGCGGAUUUAUUGGAGUUUAUCAGAACUUAUCUAUUAAAAAAGUCUGGAUAAACUCUAAAAGUUCUCUUUAAUCCGUAUUCUAAACGAGCUCUAAUGAAGACAUGUAUUAAAAUGUAUCAUUAGCUUUUAGCUAUGCUACAUAAUAUAUUAUCUAUAGCGAUCGAAGAUGAUAGCCAUAUGUACUUUCGUCCUAUUAGUGGACUUUGGAUUAAUGUCUUCUUCAAUGUAUUAAUUAUUAUGAAGAAAGUAAUGCUUGUUAUGUGUUAAUUAUUUUUUUGAAAGCAGAAUAUAUAUAUAUG